AAAUAAACAUUGAGCAACAAGAUUUGUUUGUGAAAAGAAGUGAGUGGCGGAGCAAAGUCCAAGAUAAUAACACAUAUACUAUAAUUUUUAUACGAACGAAAUAGAAAAAGUCCUAAACAAAAUGCUGAAAAUUGGAAAAAAAGUGAUACAAGUACCUAAAACGCAAUACAUUCUAAGAUACUCUACGGCUGCCGUGCCCAAGGUGAAAGUUCAAAAUGAGGUAAAAGAGGAUAAGAAAACGAAUUACUCUUUUAUGGCCAAUAUUUUCCGAGGAAAUUUAGUUUCACAACAAGUAUUUCCCUACCCAGAUGUUCUUAGUUCAGAGGACAAGGAACUAACACAAAGCUUAACAGAACCUUUUAUAAAGUUUUACGAAGAAGUUAAUAAUGCUGCUAAAAGUGAUGAAGAUGGCAAGACAGACGAAAAAACCUUGGAUAAAUUGUGGGAAUUGGGAGGUUUUGGUAUACAAGUGCCACAAGAAUAUGGUGGAUUGGAAUUGAAUAAUACACAAUAUGGACGUCUUGGUCAAAUUGUGGGUUACCAUGAUUUGGGUUUGGGUGUUACAUUGGGUGCCCAUCAAAGUAUUGGCUUCAAAGGCAUCUUAUUGUAUGGCACUCCCGAACAAAAAGCCAAAUAUUUGCCACAAGUAGCUACCGGUAAAGUAUUUGCCGCAUUUUGUUUAACUGAACCCAGUGCCGGUUCAGAUGCCAGUUCUAUUAAGUGCAAAGCUGUCAAAUCGGCCGAUGGUAAACAUUAUAUAUUGAAUGGUUCCAAAAUUUGGAUUUCCAACGGUGGCAUGGCCGAUAUUUUCACAGUAUUUGCUCAAACGGAAGUUGUUGACAAAGUCACGGGCGAGAAAAAAGAAAAACCCUCCGGUUUCAUAGUAGAACGAGCAUUUGGUGGUGUUACCAAUGGUGCUCCUGAAAAGAAAAUGGGCAUUAAAGCUUCCAUUACAACAGAAGUCUAUUUUGAAGAUGUUAAAAUACCCGUUGAAAAUUUAUUGGGAGAAGAGGGUGAAGGUUUUAAAGUGGCCAUGAAUAUUUUAAAUAAUGGUCGUUUUGGCAUGGGUGCCACCAUGUCGGGAACCAUGAAAUAUUGUAUUGAAAAAGCAGUGGAUCAUGUUAACAAUCGUGUGCAAUUUGGUAAAAAACUCAAAGAAUAUGAGGCAAUAAAAGAGAAAAUUGCCCAAAUGAAUGUUUUACAAUAUGCCACAGAAUCGAUGGCUUUUACCAUUUCACAAAACAUGGAUUCUGGUAGUCAAGAUUAUCAUUUAGAGGCAGCCAUUUCAAAAGUAUUUGCUUCAGAGGCAGCUUGGUAUGUAUGCGAUGAAGCUAUACAAAUACUCGGAGGUAUGGGUUUCAUGAAAGAAACUGGCUUGGAAAGAGUAAUGCGUGAUUUGCGUAUUUUUAGAAUUUUUGAAGGCACCAAUGAUAUCUUGAGAUUAUUUGUAGCUUUGACUGGUAUACAAUAUGCUGGCUCGCAUUUAAAAGAAUUGCAAAAAGCCUUUAAAAAUCCUGCUGCCAAUUUGGGUUUAAUAUUUAAGGAAGCUUCAAGACGUGCUGCCAGUACGGUGGGUAUUGGAGGUACCGACCUUUCUCCCUUUUUAGUAACAGAAUUGCAAGCUCAUGGCAAAGCCACCGCUGAAUGUAUAGACUUAUUUGGACAAACUGUGGAGUCUCUUCUCAUUAAAUAUGGCAAAAAUAUUAUACACGAACAGAAUAUUCUUAAUAGAUUAGCUGAUGCUGCUAUUGAUAUCUAUUCCAUGGUUGUGGUCUUGUCACGUUCAAGCCGUGCAGUACAAAAACAACUUAUUACCGCUGAACAUGAAAUAAACAUGACAAAAGCCUGGUGUUAUCAGGCUAAUGAAAGAUGUCGAACAAAUCUUCGUAAUGCUACCUCAAGUCAACAGAUUUUACACUAUAGACAAUUAUCCGAAAUAGCGAAACAAAUAACGGAAGCUGGUGGAGUAAAUACGACACAUGUACUUGAAUAGAGAAUUUCGAAAUGCGAUAGUAAAUGCUUUAGUUAUGUGUUUUAUAUAUAGUAAAAGUUAUUUCAUAAAGAUUUGUAAUAUAUUUAGGAAUAAACGAUAAAAUUAAUUUUGUAAAUUAAUAAAAUUAUAAUUUAUUUGUUGAAA